AGUCGACAGAUAAAAAUAAUACUUUGUACAAUUUUACUUAUUCUGUUUUCUUUAUAUAUCAUUUAUUCUCAGAACAUAAGAGACAAAACAGGGAUUGUUCAUAAAAUACAUGCAAAAAUAUCUAAAAAUGACAACCAUGUUGAGGGAGAUGACACAAUAAGUGACAAAAUAUACAGAGAAACAAUAAAAGGAGAAAGUGAAAUAAGAGACAAAUAUUUAAAACCAGCAUUUGAUGGAGGAAAAAUAUUAAAAGAGUUAUCAAAAGUAUUCUUAAAAGAAGAUAUAUUUAAAGAAGAAAAACUAUCAAAAGUUGCAUCAAAAAUGGACAGAAUUAUAAAUUAUACGCGGACCUUGCUUCUACAUGAAGCGAAGUUAGACGAUAUCACAUUUCAGAUGAUGAAAAAUUCACUGAAAAACACUGGUGAAUUGGAGGUUUUUGAUCGCAUUUGGCAAAAAUCGAAUGGGAAUAUUUCCAUAACAGUAGUGGGGGGAUCUGCUUCAUGUAUACCAAGCAAACUGCGAGGAAAGCCAAUUGCAACUGAUGUGAGCUCAGUGAGACAAUCUAAGAAAUAUUUUGAGAUUGUAUCCUGGUUUUUGAAAAAAUUACUUGGGACACAUGUGUCCAUCAAUAAUUGCGCAAUAGGGGGCACUACCAGUAUUUAUACAUCAUACUGUUGGAGGAAUUUCAUCAGCGAUGACACUGAUUUAGUUCUUGUAGAAUUCGCAAUUAACGAUGAUGGAUUUCGUAUGAAUAAAUUCAGGAGAUGGCCUUGGUUGAACAAUGAUCCGUAUCAUGGAAUUGAAAGUUUAAUUCGCCACGUGAAGUCUUUACCUCUCGAACAUCAACCUGUUUUGAUCCUAUCGAAUCUCAUUAGACCAUCUCUUUUAUAUGACCCUACAAAUCCUAGCUGCCUCACAACGGAAGAUACCCAUUAUUUACCAAUAGCAAAAGCAUAUGGUGUAAUGUCUAUUUCGUGGAAAGAGGCUGUUUGUGCCAGUGCACAUGCAAAUAGAACCAGAUUUCGAAUCGCUGAUUUGGCCAAUAGAAAUGGUAGUGAUGGAAUCCAUCCCUCUGCUAAAGGACACAGACAGUUAGGCUUUCUUAUUGCUUAUGGUAUAUUAGCUGCAUAUGAACAACAUGUUGUUAAUAAACACCAAGUUAACAGGACCACACCUCAAGGAAAGCAGGAUAUAUCUCAGAUACAUAUACCAUCAUCAUAUUCAUUGCUACCUCAGCCUUUUAGCAAGAAUAUUUGGAAACGAGAUCCAUCAUGUUUUUACACAACCUGGCAAAACACAAGAUGUAACUCGAACCUAGAUUCAAUCAGAAUAUGUCUGAUUUACCCCAAUAAUGUAACAACACAACCGGAUAUACAUACAGUUUAUACAAUACGCUUGGAUAAACUCGAAACCCAUCGAAUUGUCUUCAAGUGUCACAUACAACCUAAGGUUUAUAAACCAAAUGGCGAGAACAAAAUUCGUCUCGCAUUUGCAUUGCGUGGACACUAUAAUGUGACAACUCAGGUUAUCAUUCAAGGAUUAGAGAACCAUAAAGAAACUCAAAUGACAUAUCUGAAUGAAACUUUCUCCAUUUUAGCGUAUCCUAUCAAUGGUACAUCAGUCGUAGAGUUCAGCAAUGUUAUAGAUAUACAAGAGCAAGAAUUCUACAUUACAUUGAUUGACAUUAUUGAAGACGUCGAUGAUGCACAAAAUCAGUUUCCAUUUUUAGGUAUUUUGAUUGGAUUUCUUGAUGAAAACAUAAAGUAUAAAACUGAAAUGUACAAAACAAAUAAG